GAGGCACAAAAUGUGGCAGCUAAGUUGAGUUUGCUUUCUGACGGAUUGCGUGACUGGCUCUGCCUGGCUGAUCAGAGGCUGCGCUCAUGUUGCUUACCGCACCAACAAGCUUCAUAUAAUCAGCUGAUGCCGUUUCCCGCUGGCGUCAACACUGACAUCAGUUUACCUACCUCAUACCAAGCAAAUGAAAAUGCAUUUCUCCAUUCUGAACACAUUAUACCUUAUAUCAGUCAGGGCAAACAGCAAAUGGCUUCAGGUGAGAUGGGCUCGCCUGAUACGAACUGUCUUCAUACCUUCCCGAACAAAUCAGAUCCGCUUCAAUUUACUACUCAUGCAGGGAAUGGAACGCUCGAUGGAUUACAUUAUCAACUUUCACCGAAAAGUGAGACUGUAAUUGCAUCCUUAUUUGCAGAUCAGCGCACCAUGUUGGCACGAGCU